UUUUGAAUGGCCGAGUGCAACAACACGGAGGGUGUAGCUGUUCUGUAGCGAUGUAGAUAUGGCAGCGAAGCCAAACUCGUCGGAGUUGGACAUAUCGCGGUCGAGCGACCAGUCACUUUCCAACCGCAGCAUUAACCGAAGUGUGAGAGUUGCCGAAAUUGAGAAACGAAAGAAGGCGACGGAUCCGCUGCUUCUGGCCCUCAACUACUUCGCUGAAGUGAAAGCUGGCACCCCGUGGAUAGGGAAUGAUGACUUUGAGAGGAACUUGUCGCAGGUGGAGACGGUGGCCUACAGUCAAGGGCUUUCUCCUGACGCCAUCUCUGUCAUGUUGGAGUUUGCAAUGAGCCUCAGGAUGGGGACGUCUCCGUGUGGGCGGGUGCUCAAGUGUUUGAUUCCCGCCUCAGUGGUGCCACAGGAGGCGGUCGUGAGAGCAGUGGGCUGGCUGGCUAUAGGCAAACUACCCACUGGUACUGAGAUUCUAUUUAUAAAGUGGGUGUUGACGUUUUUUGACAUGAUUGACUCGAAGGACCAACUCAGAGCUAUAUACGGCUUCAUCUUCAACUUUGUGACCGACGAAAAUCUGUGCCCAUACAUCUGCCAUCUGCUGUACUUACUGACCAGCAAAGAAAGUGUCCGCGUAUUCCGAGUCAGAAAACUACUGGAGCUACAGUCAAAAUUGGGAAAGCUGCCGUUCUUGUUGCAACUGCUGUCGCUUUACAAGAUUUUCCGCCCAGAUCUGGUGAUUCUCUCCGUUCCAUCGAGGAUGAAGAAUGGUUUCAGAAACUACAACUCUCCCUGGAAAUCCGCCUUGAUUACUGUGCAGAAGAAGAACGGACACCAACCUGCCUCCAGCGUCAUUCCGGCCUACAAUGGGACAGAUAAGAACUCCAGUCGGAAAAGGAAAUAUCUUCACCUGACAUUGCCAGCUGUACGAUCGGCGCCUAACAAUGGGUCACAGUCUGAAACCAACAGCAGAAAGCUGGUUCCUCUGGCACAGAUCCAGUCUUUUGCUCAGCUGUUGGAAAACAUGCACCGUAUUGAGCUGCCGGCCCAAAUGGGCUCACUGCUGGGGUCCAGUCUGACGCUGCAGUACUUGGACUGUGUUCAGGAUGAGUCUGCACUCCUACUCCUCAACUUCUGGCUGGGCUACGCUCUUCAGGAAGAAUUUCUUUUCUCCAAUGAUGGAGGGACAUCGCAGGGUUCAGAUGUGCAGUUUUUGAGAAGGCUUCUUUCUGCCCAGCAUUUCCUCCAGGAGGGGUUUUAUAGUUCCCAGACCUUUCUCUUCAAGUUCCUGAAUAUUUGGGACGGAUCCCUCCUGUGCCCGGAGAUCCUGGGCCUGUUGAGCAACAUAGCUGUCAUGCCCAGUUCUCAAAUGAACUCGCAUCUAUUUGAACCACUCGUGCGGCUCUUUUGCACCUCUUCACUGUUUUUUAAGUGUGGUCUUAUAGAGUGUUUGAACAACAUGCUGCUGAAGUGGCUGACGUGGCACUCGGUCUAUGCUCUGGAGGACAAUCUGGACAUCAGCGUUAGCGGUCACACUUCAAUAAACUUCACUCUGUCGGGGUUCAAGGAUUCUGUGAUGGAGCUGGUGCACUUUGUAGGCCGCCUGGCCACGGUGGGUCUGCAGCUGGAAGGUGGCCGCACGCUUCUCCUGCACUUCAUUCUGGAUUUCUAUGAGACGGUGAGCGACAUGUUUCUGAAGUAUGGGCUGCCGCUCAUCGUGCUUCCCCCUCCCGGCGUCUUCUACCCGGCCCUGUUCGCCGCCGACGCUGUGAGCGUGGACCGCCUGGCCUACGUCAUGAGCAGAUACAAGAUCAAUCUGACUUCAGCCAAGAGUCGGGAAAAAGUCACCGAGCAACCCUUUCACAUCAGCCGCCAGACCUACCGGGACUUCAACCAGUACCUGGUCUUCAUGGUCAACUGCUUGUGGAACUCCACAGUGUUUCAGGCAGCAGCGGGUUUGGAGGUCAGCGAGGAGGUGCUGCUCAAGAGCGGCGUGCCACAGUGCUCGGGACGGUUCAACCUCAACUGCCACCCGGCUCUGCUGGGUUACGCCGUGGACUUUCACCUGAAGUGCUGGCCGGGGAGGAAGGAGGUGGACCUCAGUUCCAUCAAGCAACCCGCACCGUGGACUUGGUUCCUGGAGUAUCUGUUCACGCAGGACUUUGACGGGCUCAAACUCUUUGUCCAGAAUAACGUUAACCGGCAGCAGGCAGCCCAUGGCAGUCACCACGAGGGAUAGUCCGCUGACACGGGGACGAUGAGAUGCAACUGACCUGGACACAUGUUGCCACAGUCAGGGAUAGACUUUGAAUGACUGGAGAAGAUGGUCUUCUUUACACCUUUCAGUGACGGACACCUGCUCUCUUUGCUUUUUGUUUUAUUUAAACGUGGUAGUAUUGUUUGUGCAUUGUUGCCAGGGCUUUGAUUUAUGUCUUAAUAUCCCUGCUAUUGUCCAAUUAAACUACAGAUAUGGAUUCAUUUCCAGCUGUUUAUCAUUUGCGGAGUCAAAUGUUCCUUUGUCAUGUUUCUGGACCUGAUUCCCUGCCAUCUCCGACUCAGGGAUGCUAAGACUGACCCAUGUAUGCUCUCAUGUGAGUAAGGCUGUAGUUAUGAAAGUGGACAACAGAAGCGAUCCACAGACUGACCCCUGGUGCACCCCGUUUAUGAUGGGAAGUUCCUUCAUACGCAGCCAUCCAUCUAUUCCAUCUAUUGUUACAUAUGUGACCAGGGUUCAGCAGCUGUACAAUAUUAUUUUUCAGUUCUACAUAUUGCUGUAUCUUCUCUGCAACUAGUUCUGCGACUGUGAUGAAUUCCCGAAAUACCGACUGAAUGUCCAUAUUGUAUUCUGAUGAUUGCAUCCCUCCGAAAUUCAAGUAAUUUUCAACCAGCCAGCGUGAAGAAUUGCUCCGCUUUCCUCCUGACACCUAUUACAGUGCCGAGAGUUUGGAUGUAUUCCCAAGGAUCCAUUUUAAAAUGUAUUGGCUGAUCACUUCUGCUACUUUUCCUUGGCUUUUUUCUACACAACCGGAAUGUUCUUGUUCAGGAAAGUCAAUGACAUUGUUUAUUCAUCGUUUAGGAAAUGAUGCAGUUUUAUUUCCACUCAAAAGUAAACUAUUUUUAUAUUGUGGUACACACCAGGGUAAAUGUUUGGCUACCUUCCUCAUGAGGAUGUUUGUCAUCCUCUCCGCGCUUCUGGUUUGUGAUGAGGUAACCACAAGACUGCUGACUGAUGCUUUUGCCCAUGUGUGACUGACCCAAUAUGGGGUGCAACAAGGGUCAGGUCUGCUUGUCAAAGUGUUUUUA